AUGGGACAGCAAUGGGACAGCAAUGGGACAGCAAUGGGACAGCAAUGGGACAGCAAUGGGACAGCAAUGGGACAGCAAUGGGACAGCAAUGGGACAGCAAUGGGACAGCAAUGGGACAGCAAUGGGACAGCAAUGGGACAGCAAUGGGACAGCAAUGGGACAGCAAUGGGACAGCAAUGGGACAGCAAUGGGACAGCAAUGGGACAGCAAUGGGACAGCAAUGGGACAGCAAUGGGACAGCAAUGGGACAGCAAUGGGACAGCAAUGGGACAGCAAUGGGACAGCAAUGGGACAGCAAUGGGACAGCAAUGGGACAGCAAUGGGACAGCAAUGGGACAGCAAUGGGACAGCAAUGGGACAGCAAUGGGACAGCAAUGGGACAGCAAUGGGACAGCAAUGGAACAGCAAUGGAACAGCAAUGGAACAGCAAUGGAACAGCAAUGGGACAGCAAUGGGACAGCAAUGGGACAGCAAUGGGACAGCAAUGGGACAGCAAUGGGACAGCAAUGGGACAGCAAUGGGACAGCAAUGGGACAGCAAUGGGACAGCAAUGGGACAGCAAUGGGACAGCAAUGGGACAGCAAUGGGACAGCAAUGGGACAGCAAUGGGACGGCAAUGGGACAGCAAUGGGACAGCAAUGGGACUGCACAAUGGAACUAGAACUUAUCGACGAAAACAACAACUAUUACAACCACAACAACAACAAUUACAACCACAAGAACUACAACAACAAUGGUUAUAAUCAACAUAACAACAAUAGCGAUGCUGUUAACAAUAAUAAGGCAGCAAUGGAAGCAGAGAAAUAUAAGGAAUUAUGGGAGGAAUCAGAAGAAUCAAAAGCUCGAUUAGAAAGACUGUUUCAACGUGACAUAAAAGAACUUUAUGAAGAUAGGCGGGAUGCUGCUAACGAUAUGGCUGCAAAAGAAAAGAAAUUUGUUAACAAGUUGAAAGCUUUGGAAGCUAAGCUGAACAAUGAGAAAAUAUUGAAUGAAACAUUAAGCCAGGAAGUCACUAUGCUGAAGAUGCGAGAGGAAGAGCAUGCUUUAUCGGUUGCUGAGAACAAAACGGCAAUUAAUUCCGAAUUGGAAAGUAAAGAAAGUGAAGUACGCAAGUUGAAGGUACAACUCGAAAGCAAUAAGAAGAACUACGAGAAGAAGUUGGUCGAACUGAACUUCACCAUCCAGGAAAUGAAGAAGCGUUCUGUGGAAGAUUCUGAUAUUGCGAAGGAACUGGAGGAAGCGAAGAAGAAGAUGAACAAGGACAUCAAAGUACUGCAGCGGCAAAUCUUCGAACUGCAAGCCACCAACGAUCGGCUGGACAAGAGCAAAACGAAUAUCCAAUCGGAACUGGAGGAUGCCACCAUCGAACUGGAGACGCAGCGUACUAAGGGGCUAGACUUGGAAAAGAAGCAGAAGAACUUCGACAAAGUUCUCGCCGAGGAGAAGGCCGUCAACGAUCAGCAUGCCCAGGAACGGGAUGCUGCCGAGCGGGAAGCUCGCGAAAAGGAAAUCAAGGUGUUGUCGUUGACGCGGGAGCUGGACGAAGCGUACGAGAAGAUCGAUGACCUGGAAACGAAACGGAAAGCACUGCAGAACGAGUUGGAGUCGAAGUUUAUGGAAUUCGAGCAAAAGACUUUGAAUUUGGAAAAGCAGAAGCAUUACAUGAAAACAGUUAUUAUUAGUUUAGAGCAAGAAAAAAGUGACAUUUCUUCAAAGUUUGUGGGUUUCGAACGAAAGAUUUUGAAUCUGGAAAUGGAGAAUUACCGUAUGGAGACGGUUAUUAUCAAUUUAGAGCAAGAGAAGAAUGACCAAUCUUCGAAGUUUAUGGAUUUCGAGCGAAAUAUUGUGGAUCUGGAAAAAGAAAACCAUCGUAUGAAAACGGUUAUCAUCAAGCUGGAGCAACAGAAGAGCGAUCUUACUAAAAAAUUGCCAGAAUCUAUUGAUAAAUCGGAAAAGCUACUCAGUGAAAAGGAUACGUUGUCAACUAAAGUUCAAGAACUAGAAGAAAAUUCAAAAUGUUUCAGUAGCUAUGAAAAAGUUACAAGUUUCAAAGGUCCAAUUGAUAAUUUUUGCGUAAUUAAAGAGGAAACGCAGAACAAAUUGACUUCACCACUGAAACAACUAAAGAAUGCCCAUGCGGAGAAAGCAGUGAGCGAAUACCGCAAUACUAAAACUCGGUUGAAAUUGCAACAGCUACAAGAAACUACCUAUGAUAACGAGAAUUUUUUUCAAGAACCCCAAAGCCAAAUCAAACAACAAGAAAGUGCUCAUGCCAAAGAGGAAGCAACUAUUGCGAGUCUCGCAAAACGAAAAGACUUCGAACCACUGGGCAAUCUUUUAAACGAGAUAGAUUCACUACGAGAUUCUGUCUUUUCGGAAAACUAUGAGUGCCUAACGGAACUUCUGUGGGAUGACCACGGUUGA